UCUCGCGCGCGCUUUCUCCUGCUUUGACCCUCGCGGCGCACCGUAGCGAGCGGUCUUUUCGCUCCCCAAGAUGGCGGCGGCCUGUGAGGCGCCGGUGCGUUUGCGUCUCCUGUUCGACUACCCGCCCCCGGGGAGCCCGGCCUGCGGGCUGUGCUGGCUCCUGCUGGAACCCAUCCAAGUGCGGCUCAUCACCGACCUCAUCAGCCUCAUCCGGGACAAAUUCGGCUUCAGCCGCCGCGCCAAGCUCAGCCUCUUCCUCGACGGGGCGCUCUUGCCGCCCACCGAGAGCGCGCGCCUCGUGCGGGACAACGACUCCCUCCGAGUUAAAUUGGAAGCAGUAAUUGAAGAAGACAGCUAUGAUAGAAUCACCAAUGGUUUCAAUAACAUUUCAAAAAAACAGAGAAAACGACACAGGCAAAAGUUGGAAGCAUAUGAUUCUGAAAGUGAAUAUGAGGAGCACAGAAAAAGGAAGAGGAGCAAACAGCAGUGUAAACAUUCUUCCAGCCAGGAAGAUAAUGUUUCAAACGUGGGCUCUGCAUCACGUAAGAAAAGCAAGUCAUCAGGGGCUGAAUUAGAAUGUAAGAAUGAUGACAAUGUUUAUUCCAAGAAGAGUAAAAAGGGAGGUCACAGAAAGAGACCUCAGGAGACAAAAGCCCACAAAAAGAAGAAAAAAGCAAGUACAUUUGAAGCAAAAAAUACCUUACAAAAGAACAAAAAGACUUUCCCUUUGAGUCCCAGUCAAAAGAACACAGCAAAUAACAUAAAAGUACAAUCUGACUCCAAGAAUGGUGGAUCUUCUACAGAUUCUUCCACUUCUUCAUCAGACAUUGAUGAUAGUACAGCAGGCACCAAACAGAAACAGCCACUCACAACUAAGGUGGCCUCACAGCACACAAACAGAUCACACCUAUCAUCUCCUAUAGCACCUAAUUCUCCUGGUAAGCUUAGUGCUAAGCAGAAAGAAAGAAAUUCUCUUGAGGCAUCUAAAAGUAAGGUCAAGAGCCAAUAUCCUAACUUAGAAUCCGAUUCUACCUCAGAGGAAGAGGAAAAUCAGCAAAGUAGGAACCCAAAAAAUAGACUUUCAUCUAAUAAUCAAAGAACUGGGACUGAUUUAACUUCAAAGACAAAAACUACCUCAUCUUCUGGGUCUGAUAGUUCAGAAUCAGAGAACUGUAUUAUUAAAAAGCCCAAUACGAGUGCUGUUGUCAACCGGUCCUUUGAAGGAAAUGGCAGCCAGCAAGUGCCACCUGCUGCUUGUGGACUAGGCACGGGUUCCAGUGACAAUCAAAGGGGCCGUGGAAGAGGAGAAAGCCCUUUUUGGAGAGGGCCUAGGGUUCGGGGAUGUCGAGGGAUAUUCCGGGGCCGAGGCAGGGGGAGAGGAGAAGACAUGAACACAUUCCAUAAUUAUACCAACAAACGGCAAAAAGAGGAACAGUUAAAUGAAUCAGCAACAAACUCUUCAGUCAUUAUCCAGAAUCCCGUGGAGGUUCCAAAGAAGGACUAUAGCAAACUACCUCUACUAGCUGCCCCUCCACAAGUAGGAGAGAAAAUUGCUUUUAAGCUGUUGGAGCUAACUGAAAAUUACACUCCAGAAGUAUCCAAUUACAAGGAAGGGAAAAUUGUCAGCUGGAACCCUAUUAACAAACAGUUAGAACUGGAACUUCUUUCUUUUUCAUCAGUGGCCAGAGGACCAGGAAAGUUUGAUUUGGUUUAUCAGUCUGCAGAUGGAGCUGAAGCCAUAGAAAAUACAGUCUCUCAAGAUAGAAAGAUAAUUCAAAAUUGGGAUGCCCUGAUCGAGCCACGAUUAAUAGUUGAUUCUCUUAAUAAUGAAUCAAGCACUGUGUGAACCCACAGGUCCCAUGUGUAAAUAGUUUGUGAAGUUCUUUACUUCUGCACAUUUUUUUAAAUAAAGGAUUUAUAAAAAUGAAAAAAGCCUGAAAAAAUAUAAGGAAUAUACCAAUAUCUAAUAUUUUUCAAAAACCCUCUUUCUUUGAUGACAUUGUAUUCAUCUAUAUCUCUUCAUACUUUCCUGAAAAUACAUCUCAAGUAGGAGUUACUUCUCAGUAAGGAUUUAUAUAAAUGCAUAAUAACAAUCACAUAUCUAGCUAACUAAAGUGCAUUUUACUGUUUUUCCCCCAUUGUGAGAGAUGUAUCAUUAUUGGCAACAAAUUCAGUAAACUAACAAGAUUGGUUGUUGAAAGAUUGCUUUAUUGGUUUGGCCUAUUAGCUCUGAUGUGAUAAUUUGAUCAGCAUUUUUAGCUGAAUUUCUUUGACCGUGCAGAUGUUACACUGUGGUUACCUUUGGUGAGAUCAGGAUGCUUCUGCUCCUAGCUGUGAAACUUGGGUCCAUUUCAUGUCUUUAUCUCUCUGUAGUCUUGCAGUUUCUUCAAACCUAUUGCACUCACGGCGGGCCACCCUUGCAUUAAGAUGUGCAAGUGAUGCUUCACUGUGGACGCUGGGCUAUACUUUUCACAGCACUACCAUUCUACCACAUUAGCCAUUGGCAUGUGAAACAGCCAGGUAGCCUGUUCCUGUUCUGUAGAGUCCUGUGGCAACCAUGUCAGAGGUAAUGCAGCAUGUUGUUACAUGAACCAGGUACAUGUUACAUGAAGGCAGGUCAGCAUUGAAAUCCUGAGAAAAGAUGUGGAAAAUUGAUUGGGAGCUGGAGUCAAUAUUCCCCUGCUAAAAAAAACCUGCCAGCCAAUCUUCACAUCUCAGAUUUAAUACCUCUGCAGUCAGUCUCAAAGGGGUGACAGGAGGUGACAUGAAAUCAAUUCCUAACACCAUUUUGAGAGGGGGGGGGGGACAGAAGGAAGUUGAUAUAUUGGAAGUAAUGUACGGUUCUUAGGUACUUGGGGUGGCGAUAGCUUGCCUGCUAUUAGGUAUUUGCAGAGCAGAAUGCAUUUACGGACCAUGAGUAUAGGGGUUUUGACAUUUGUUUUAAUUUGGGGAAGGGAUCUUUAAGACUUUCACUCAGGCUAUAGGCUGCAGUUUGCCCAUUCCUGUUAUACAAGGUCUAUCCAGAAGUAAGGACCACCGAGCUGUGGCAAUCAUUUCCAACCCACUGAGAAUAAGUAAUAGAAUGUGGAAACAAAUAUUCAAAUCAGAGAUGGGCCAGAAACAGCUAUAAAGGAUAACUGUAGAAGUACUAAAGAAAGCAAUUGCAUGGAUUGCUUCAUUAGUAAAUGCUGCACAGAUUAUUAAUACAUGUUAACUAAGACUGCAGUUGGGAAAUAAUGUUGUCAUAUUCCUGGCCAGAGAAUAUGUAUUUCUUUCAAAUAUUUGAUACCAAGACAUUUAAUUAACAAAAUAGUGCAUCAGGAUAGCAGACUCUGAGAAAUGGCAAAAACUAGAGGAACUCCAAAGCAUCAGUGUAGACUGUUGUCCUAGAAUGCUAUUAAAAUCAGAGGGAACAAUUUAAAUACAACAUAUGGUGGAAAUACCUGAGGCUAUUAGAAAUGAGGACAAUAUGAAUGCAGGUGAAAAGGCGUUUUCCGUACUUGAUUGUAAUAGUGCUACUGGAAAUAAACCAUAUAUGUUAAGAAUUUUAGGUGGCACUAAUUCAAAUGACAGACUUUCCAACCAAUGCCAAUAGUAGCUAAAAUUAUGUUAAAUAUUGCAGAAUUAACACUGUAUCCAGAGGAAAGGGGUGAUUGAUUUAAACAUCUAUUAAGUUGUAGAAAUGUAUGUUUUAGCAUUCACUAUGUCUGAUAAAAAAGAUGUUUGACUUUGUUUUUUGCUGUAAAUUGAAUAAUGUGAAGCACAUUAAAACAAUAUAAACUAAAAUA